UUCUUAUAAAUUCGUACUUAGAAAUUAUGAGAUUCCACUUUCCAAGCACACUCUUCUCUACUUCAGUUGACAAUGGUUCGAGGAAUGCUGUUCUUGUUCGCCGCGGCGCUGCUGUUGAUCGCUGUCACGAAUGUACAAUGUGAAGAUGAUGACGGGCCAGUGCACCACAGGGUCAUCGACGCUCUUCUAUAUUUAGAUAGGGCGGAUACAGAAUGGGAAAAGGUUCAACCGAAGAGAGCGGGACGGCAGUUAUAUACCUGGGUUGAAAGACGUGAUGAUGCAUCGCUAGAUUUAGACAGAGCGGAUGCGGAUGCGGAGGUUCAACCAAAGGGCGGACGGCAGUUAUAUACCUGGGUUGAAAGACGUGAUGUCGCAUCGCUAGAUUUAGACAGAGCGGAUGCGGAAGCGGAGAAGGUUCAAAAGGGAGCGAGACGUCAGUUUUAUAAAUGGAUUAACAGACGUGAUGACGCACUGCUAGAUUAGAUUAGAGGAAAACGUCGCCUUUCUGAACUUGAACUGCAUAACUAAUUCGAAACUUCAAAAAAGAGCCCGUCUAAGCUAACUUAGCAUUGACUUGAACAGAGCGAAGUGCAGGAGUGUCAUUAUUUUAAUAUCAUAUUUUCAUUGAAAAUUUUGAUAUGAAUUAUGACAAUACCACACAAUGUAUUUGCAAAUGAUAUGAAGAGUUAGCUUGGUCCAACUUCAACUCUGACCGGCUUGGCAGUGAGACAAUGUGACAGCGUCUUAAAUACUAAAACACAUUCGAAUUUCACGUUUAUUGUGACGUAUGAUAGCGCGUCCACACUAUAUUGCUGGGCAAGUCAGUGCAGCGGCCCAUUUUUCGAACGGUAUUAGCCUAAUAUAAUUAGUUUGGCCUUCGUGGAAUAGUAAUAUUAGUCUAAUAGCGUUCGAGAAAUAGGCCCCAGAGCUAACUUAAACGGACUCCAGUUAUUGCAUUGCAUACUUACAAUAAAUAUAUCCUGAAA